AUGGAGCUGGUACGGUUGGCGCUCGGGGCGCCGGUGCACCCGUUGAUCGGCGAGCAGCUGGUGCCGUUUCUGCGGCGGCACGGGGUGGUGCGGUCGGAGGAGAUGCUGUCGCACAUGCACCUGGUGAUCUACGUGGCGUUGUUCUACCACUGCUGCUACCUGGUUGGGAAGCACAUGCUGUUCCCGGGGCUGGUGCGGUGGCGGCGCGCGGUCGCGCCGCAGCGCCUGCUGGUGCAGAGCGCGAUCCACUGGGUGUCGCUGGUGCAGUCGGUGGUGAUCCUGACGCUGUGCUACGCAUCUUGGCCGCUGCACACGCGGGCCACGCACCCGCGGCCGGAAGACCGCGUGUUCGCGACGACGCCGGUCAACAGCGUGCUGGCGUCGUUUGCGCUGGGGUACUUUCUGUGGGACACGGUGAUCAGCCUGCGGCACAGCUCGGUGGCGUUCGCGCUGCACGGGGCCGUGUCGACGGUUGUGUUUCUGAUCGGGAUGACGCCGUACAUCAACUACUACGCGGGGAUGUUCCUGCUGUUCGAGCUGUCGAACCCGUUCCUCAAUGGGCACUGGUUCGCGCGGCACUACCUGCCGCUGGGCUCGCAGACGCACCCGCACGCGGGGGACGCACGCCUGGUCCGCUGGAGCGCGCGGUUCGCGCUGGCGAACGACCUGGUGUUCUUCACGGUGUUCUUCUGCGCGCGAAUCGCGUACGGCUACUACAAGAUCGGGGAGCUCGCGCUGGACUUCUACCGUGUGCGCGCCGACCCGCGUUUCAUGCCGUACGGCACGGCGUUCAUUCUGGGCGGCAACCUGGUGCUGAACGUGCUGAACGCCAUCUGGUUCCGGACGAUGGUGUGCAUGGCGCGCGACCAGCUGUACGGCAAGCGCUCGGCUGCCGCGGAGCAGAAGCGGGCCACGUGA